AUGCCCAAGGCUGCAGCUCUACCCGCUCGUCUGCUGCGGACCUCGCGGCAAGGCUCAAAUCAAUGCCCAACAAGCAAGAUUCAAACAUCGACUCGUGCUCGGAACUACCAUGUCUCGACAAUCUCUUCCACCGGCAAACGCUCGCGUGACGGUGUCUGUGGUCGGAAACUCCCCUCAUCCGCCUCCGCAAGGAGCUUCCAUACGACUGCACCUCUCGCCGCAAUUCCCGAUCCCUACAAAGUCCUAGGAGUGGACAAGAAUGCUUCCGCCGGAGAUAUCAAGAAAGCUUACUAUGGGAUGGCUAAGAAGUACCAUCCUGACACCAACAAAGGCCCAGACGCCAAGGAGAAGUUCGCGGAGGCGCAAUCUGCCUACGAGUUGCUUUCAGACGCCAAAAAGAGAGAGACCUACGAUCGGUUUGGCGGUGCUGCUUUCGAUGGCAGUGGCGGGUUCGAUCCCAAUGCGGCAGCCGGCGGCAACCCGUUCGCUGGUGCCGGAGGCUUCCAUGGCUUCGGAGGUGGUUUUGGAGGCGGCGGUUUCCCUGGUGGAUUCGCUGCGGAUAUCAACUUUGAGGAUCUCUUUGGUGCUUUUACCGGCGGCGCGCGUCGUGCCGGACGGGGUAGGCGCAGUCCUUUCCAGGAGGUGUUGGUAGGCGAGGACAUCGAGGUUCAGACGAACAUCUCUUUCAUGGAAGCCGCCAAAGGUACAUCGAAAGAUGUGGUCAUCAAUCCUUUGACUGAAUGUGGUACCUGCAAGGGCGAGGGGUUGAAAGCAGGUGCGAAGAAGUCACAAUGUCGCCAGUGCAACGGGUCUGGCACUCGGGUUCACUUUAUGCAAGGUGGCUUCCAGGUGGCAGCUACUUGCGACGCGUGCGGAGGGGCUGGUAUGACCGUACCUCGGGGAUCUGAAUGUGGUACCUGCAGAGGUAACGGAGUGGUCCGGGACAAGAAGACAAUUCAGGUUGACAUCCCCGGCGGUGUCGAGGAUGGCAUGCGCUUGAGAGUGGCUGGUGAAGGAGAUGCACCUCCUACAGGAACACAAGCUGCUCCAGGCACCCGCACUCAGCGGGGUGAUCUUUACGUCUCUAUCAGGGUUGCGCCCGACCAUCGCUUCAGUCGCUCUGGCUCCGACAUUCUUUACACGGCCUCCAUCCCUCUGACCACUGCCCUGCUCGGCGGAGAGGUGACAAUUCCCACAUUGGAUGGCGAGGUCAAGGUCAAGGUAGCCACCGGUACCGGCACAGGCGACCGGAUCACGCUUUCUGGCAUGGGUAUGAAGAAGCUCGGCGGCCGUCCCAGAGGCUACACGCCAAUGGGUGACCUGAAGGUGGAGUUCAAGGUUGCUAUGCCCAAGUACCUGACGGCCAACCAGCGAACUAUCCUGGAGGUCCUGGCGGAUGAGAUGAAUGACAAGACAGCGAGGCGUAUGAUGGAGGUUGGGAAGGAUGGCACUCCGUCCGAUGCGUCGGGAGACUCGAACCAGAGCGGAGGCUUCCUCAAGUCCGCCUGGCAGAAGCUCAUGAAUUCCGCCAAACACGGCGACGGCGAAAGCUCCACCGGCGAGCAGGAGAAGAAAGACUCGGACAACGUCAAGAAGGACGACAAGGACAGCAAGUAA